AAACUCUACCCAAGAGACAAUAUGCUGCACGAGAAGGUCGCUAGCAACAACAUCACAGAAUUGCAGCAAGCGCCUUUAGAGGAGAUUGAAUUGGUUGAUGAAAAUGGAAUGACUGCAUUAGCUUUGGCAGCUAAACUUUCGAACAUUCAAGCAAUUGAUAUACUUUUAGCAAAGAAUGGAAACCCAUAUAGUGCAAUUCCUCACGCGUCAGACCCACAAGUAGCUCAAAAGUUACAUGCUGCGAUACAACCACCACCGUUCUACCCACCACCUAUCCAGCACUUUUACCCUUACCCACCACCAAUGGAUAUGCAGGUUUACUACCAGGAAGAUCAACAGCAACAACAGUUCGGUGCGCAAAACGGUACAUUACCACCACCAGACGUUGCAAGAAACAUUCCUUGUAGAUUCUUCCCAGGUUGUCGUUACGGUUCCGAGUGUAUCUUUAUGCACCCACAACCAACGAUGUACCUCCCACCACCGCAAGUACCACCAUUUGAGGCUAUACCCCAGGCACAUGCCCCAUUCUAUCAAUUACCGCCUCAGAUGGUACCACCUCCGUUUGCUACCCCAAUUCCACCUACACCCAUUCCAACAGAGCAAGCUCAACAGAACGAAGAAAAGAUUGAGGAUGAAAACCAAAAACCAGAUUUACAACAACAACCACAGCAACAACAACAACAACAGCAACCACCACCACCAUUCAUGCAUCCUAUCAUUCCACAAGAUCCUUAUAUGAUCCCGUUGGCACGUCCACCACCAAUGAUGAUGCCAAACAAUAACUUCAGAAACAACCGUAACGUUUCCAGAGGUCCUACUAUUACAAAGCGUGGAAAAGAUGGUCAAUUACCACCUUGCUAUUUCUUCCCUAUGGGUAAAUGUAGAAACCAAGACACUUGCGCUUUCCCACAUUUACUACCAGAUGGUACAGAUGUUCGCGAUCCUGCUCUCAGAGGAACUGCUCCUAUAAACUCACACAAACGCCAAUCUUCACGUUCAAAUAACUUCGAAAAUAAAAAGUUUAAUACACCAGCACAAGCUAACCAUCAAGCUUCAUUUACCGGAAACAAAGUUCCUCCUUCUAUGCCACGCGCUCAGGCUCAAGCAGCCGCUAGUCGCACACAAUCGCCUGCUCAACGCGUACCAACCCAAGAAGAUUUCCCAAGUUUGUCAUCAAACGUUAGUAGCUCAUCAGAGAAUGGCAAUUAUAGCAUUAAUUAUUCCACACCUCAAACUACUCCAUCUUCAAGCCUCGUUCUAAAUAAUAUCACAAAUUCAGUCACAAAAGAACUACCUCAACAAUCUUUCGCGGCUGCUGCGUCUUCCACGCUGGCCGUGGCCGCUUAAGUUACUUUUUAUAAUCUCUCCACUCAGUUUUCUUAUAGCGCCAAUCACAAUUCAAAUGGCGUACGUAUGAUCGACUAAAGCAUAUAAACU